AUGACCGGGGCGCCUCUAGGCUUUCCUCGCCGCUUCUUCCAAACACUGCAGAAGACUGUGAUCUCGCUGUCGGUGCAGCCGCAGCCGCGCGCCGCCACCGAGCUGGUCAUUCCCCACCCGAUCGCCAGUCAACUGGUGGUCAAGAUCGACGGCGUGGUGGCGCACGGCCCGCGCGGCGCCGUCUUCCGCUCCAUAGCGCGCGUGCAGCUCACCGUGACGGCCGCGCUGCAAAGCAAGGCCCCCAGCGACUCCAAGGCCCAGGACACGACGAUCUCGAUGAGCCGCACGGUGGAGCCACACAACGACUACUUCCACGGCCAGUUCUUGCUCGACCUGCGCCUGCAAGGCAUUCACCUGGUGACGGUGGACGCCAACAUCCUGGACGCGGACGGUAUCCAGUGGCUGACGUCGUCGUCUCAGCAGCUGACGAUCAAGGCGUUCGACGAGAGCCAGCCAAGCCGCUCCGGCUUCCAGCAGGGCAGCGCGAACUAG